UACAAUAACUUUUAUUGACGUAUUUUAUAAAAGCUUUCAAGUAUAUCUUCUUAUCAAACGUUUUUCUUUUAAAUAUAUGGACAAAAUUUACUACGGCUAAUUUCUUGACGUGUCUCUGACUAUCAAAAUAUAAUGAAUUAAAUUAAAAACAUUACUUUUGCAACGUUCCAACAUUUUGUAAGUUAGUAAAGUUACAAAACUGUCAUGUAACAAAAACCAGCAUUUGUCAUUUUGCUUUUGAUACCAGCGCAUCUGUCAGUUUUAUAACUUAUAAAAUGGUGAACAUAAAUUAUUAAUAACUAAUUAUUAAAGGAAAUGUGUUUUUGGUAAGAUCUUUUCCAGUUUUGAUUAAAAAUGUUUGUGUAUUUAGAGAUUAUUGCUUUAUAUUUAGAGGAUUUUUACUCGCUUGUGUAUUUUCAUUAAUUUGAACAUCCAAUCAAAAUCUUGUGCAUUGGACUCUUGAAUUAACAAUUAUCCUUAAGAAAUCUCCAAUCUCACUCUAUUUUUCACUCUAAAAUAAAGUUUAGAAUAAAAAUGCUUCAAUAGUACUCUAUUUUUCACUUUAUAAUAGAGUAAAAAAUAGGUUUACUCUAUAUAUAGAUAUAAUUUGUUUUUUGUUUGUUCAUCACUCUAUCUUUUAUUCUAAAAUAGAAUACCGUUAGAGUAACAUCCAACUCUAUUAAGGUUUAAUAUAUAUGAAGAUAGCCUCCAUAAACUGUUGAAAAUAUAUUUGACCAAAAAAAAACUGUAACUCCUGAAAUCUCUGACCGACUCUGAUGCACAUGCCAACCUGAGUUCCAAUACUGUUUCAAGUUCCAUAGAUUUCCAAAUAGAAGCAGUUGUUAAUGUGUAGGAUAGUUCUACACUGCUACUUGGUUUUUAAAGGCGCUCACCUUUUUCCAUGGCUCCAGUACCAUCUUAUACUUAUCCAUGUGGUAAUCUUAACAUUUUUUUUAUUCCUACCUUUGUUUCUGUGAUAAUAAUUCAGAAGUUUGCAAAGGUGGAGUUGAGGUCACUGUUUGGGAACUUCCAAAUCAAUAAUAUCCUCAGGAUGAUAGCCAGAAAACGAUUCUAUGGAGACGGAGCAGAGCAAGACGACGAUUCAAAACGCGUGAGGCAGUUGGUUGACGAAGCAGUAUCCAGUGCUGGUGUAGGACACGCCUCUGACUAUCUUCCUCUCCUCCGUUCGGUUACUAGUUAUGAGAAAAGGGUCAAGAAGUUGGCGGUUCGGGUGGACGAGUUUCUUCAAGGACUUGUAGAUGAGAAACGUUCACAAAAAGAAAAGGGUAACACUAUGAUUGAUCACUUGCUUUCUCUCCAAGAAACUCAACCUGAUAAUUAUACGGAUGUCACCGUCAAAGGACUAAUAGUUGUAACAAGAACCUUGGAAUGGGCGAUGUUGAACUUGUUGAACCAUCCAGAAGUAUUAAAGAAAGCAAAGAUUGAAAUCGAUACCAAAAUUGGUUUAGACCGGUUAAUGGAUGAACCAGAUGCUUUGAAUCUUCCUUACCUCCAAUGUAUCGUAUCAGAGAUUUUUCGACUUUACCCGGCAGCUCCGUUACCUCCACGUAGGGCGACAGAUGAUUGCAUAGUUGGAGGCUACAACUUCCAGCGUGGCACGACGGUAAUCGCAAAUGUAUGGGCCAUUCACCGAGACCCUGAUAUAUGGGAAGAGCCAGAAAAAUUUAAGCCAGAGCGGUUCGAGAAGAAAGGAGAAGAUAAAAAGUUGAUAACGUUUGGGAUGGGACGAAGGGCUUGUCCGGGGUCUGGGCUAGCUCAGCGGGUACUGCGUUUGGCUCUUGGGUCGAUGAUUCAGUGUUUUGAAUGGGAGAGAGUUGGAGAAGAAUAUGUUGACACUACCGAAGCAACCACAAUGCUUCCAGCGACACCUUUGCUAGCCAUGUGUAGAGCUCGCCCUAUUGUUCAUAAGAUUCUAAAUGCUUAACACUCUUUUCUUUGUCUUUUUAUAUCCAUUUAAUAAAAAUAACUGGAUAGUAAAUGACAUUUAUGCUAUAUUACUUAAUACAUGGCACGAACGCGUCAAGUUAGCUUUUUUAUUAUUUGGUUAAUAUUUUGAAAUAUGGGCUAUUCUAAUGAAUUUUUUUUUUUUUUGCUUAAAAAAAUGAAAAAUUUAUUGAAAUGGUAAGACUGAUGAGUGUUCACGUAGUAAGUGUUUGUGAACAACAUACGGAAAGUGGGGGUUUCCGGAUAAUAAGAAGACUAUGUGGUUCAGUGGUAGGACAUAUAUACUGGGGCUGUGGACAUCUAAAAUAACUAGAAACCAAGGCUCCACAAACUCAAGUGUCUUUUUGGUUCAUAAUCUUCUGGUUAUAAAAUUAUCAACGGUUAACUAGUACUUUAUUUGAUUUUUCAUUUAUCAGAAAAUCUGAAAUUUUAUUUUGUUUUUAUUUCAAUUUUU